AUGACCCUUGCCAACUCGGACAUCUCUUACGACUCGUCGCUCGAAUACUUCGCCAAACUCUCCAACGCUGUCUUUGAUUCGCACUUUUAUGCCAUCUCACGCUGGGGACUCGCGACCGGUGGCCGCAAUCUCGAAGGCUAUAAAGAGGCUUCCGCCAACGGGAUGACAUUCGUACCACACCCAUGGGUGGGGAGCUAUGAUGCCUUUGCCUUCCAUCCCCGGACGAUCUGUGCGGACAAGACGAAAUUGAAGGAUAUGGUUGAGAGCUUGAAUUGUACCUUGGGCGUCCUGGGAUCAGAUAACCGUCUUUUGUAUGAGGUCAGGAGGCAGUAUCUCGAGCUCCAGAUGGAGAAUAUUUUUCGGCAAGUUAGGUCUCUCCAUCUCCACAAGGACCCCUUGAGAUUGGGUGAAUGGUCGCAUCGUGUCAACACUGAGGGCCGGAGCUACGUGAUUGAGACUUCCUAG